AUGACAAAGCAAUUCACCAUAGUCAUUAAACUUGGGACCUCAUCCCUUGUAGAUGAGGUUACCAGAGAACCAAGAAUAGCCAACAUGUCGCUUAUAGUCGAAACGAUGGUUAGACUACGCCGCCAGGGCCACAAAAUCGUCAUUGUCUCGUCUGGGGCAAUUGCAUGUGGAAUGAAACAAGUUGGAUUAGAAGAAAAACCUGCAAAUUUAUCAGCAGUGCAGGCUUUGGCUUCUAUCGGACAAGUGCGACUUAUUAGAACCUUUGAUGAUUUAUUCCGGCAAUUAGAACAACCGAUAGCCCAGAUUUUACUCACAAGAAACGACAUAAUGGACUUCACUCAAUACAAGAACGCUCAAAAUACAUUGAAUGAGUUGAUGGAUAUGGGGAUCAUUCCUAUAGUCAAUGAAAACGAUACAUUAUCAGUUUCUGAAAUCAAGUUUGGUGAUAACGAUAGUUUGUCGGCCAUCACAGCCGGGAUCAUUCAUGCCGAUUAUUUGUUUCUCAUGACCGACGUCGAGUGUUUGUAUACCGACAACCCAAGAACCAACCCAGACGCACAACCUAUAUUGGUAGUCGACAAGAUUGAUGAUUUGCAUGUGAAGACUGAUACCGAGUCUGGUGCUGGAUCUAAAGUCGGGACUGGUGGGAUGACCACGAAAUUGAUUGCUGCCGAUUUAGCAACCAAUGCUGGUGUGACCACGAUCAUAACAUUAUCGAGUCAACCAUAUUACAUUAUUGAUAUUGUUGCCCAUAUACAGGCUCAUGCAGAUACAUUAUCGGUUGAAAACCAGCGUCUUGCGUUACAAAAGGAUAUCCAACAGGGUAAAAUUCCAUUGCAUACAAGAUUUUUGAGCAAGCCCCAAGAUACAUUAAUCAAAUCUGAUCGCAGAUUCUGGUUAUUACAUGGAUUAAAAACUAAGGGAGCAUUAGUCAUCGACCAAGGGUGUUUCCAAGCAUUGACAAGACGUAAUCGUGCAGGAUUAUUACCGGUUGGUAUACUUCAUGUUGUGGGGAAUUUUCACCAAAGUGAAUGUGUAUCGAUCAAAGUUGUCCCUGAUAAGAAUGGUGCUAUUGAUGAUGCAGUUGAAGUGGGCCAUUGCAGAGUAAAUUACCUGGCCCCAGAAAUCACCCUAAUUAAAGGUCAUAAAAGUAGUGAAAUUGAAGCAAUUCUAGGUUAUGCUGAUAGUGAAUAUGUGGCACAUAGAGAUAAUUUAGCAUUCCCACCAGUCAUGCCACCUUCAACAGAUUCGUUGAUCUCGGAUAGUUUAUAG